AUGUGGCCAGCUCAAGUAACAAGUGUGACACUCACAGUAAAUGGAGCACCUUGUUCACCCGUUGAUGUGAUAGCUGGUGAGGAACAAACACUCGUCUGCACAGCCUUUGGUGCCAGACCGCGUGUAGGAAUAGACUGGACCAAUGAUGGGACCAGUCUCUCUGGUGAUACUGAGACAGAAAGUGUCAAUGGAGAUACAACUGAUACUAUUAGCACACUCCUAUACACUCCAACUAGGAACGAUAAUGGUCAUCAGUUUAGAUGUGAAACAACAGGACAGGAAGCUGCAACACCUCAAUCACAAUCAGUCACCCUCAAUGUGCGGUUUGCCCCAGUUGAUGUAAUGCUAGAGUAUAGUCAAGGUACAAUUACCUGUUCAUCUAGUGCUAACCCAACCGUAGCUAACAACCAGCAUGUCAUCACUCUGAAUGACACAGAGACAUCAACUGGGAAGACAUUGACCUAUGACCCUGAGAUGAAUGGCUGUACGAGAGUCAAGUGUACCGCUACCAAUACCAUAGGAACAGCAUCUGGCUCACUAGCAGAUACUCUGUGUCCAAGUCCACAAACGAAUCUGUAUGCUUCUGUAGCCCUUACGGGCGGUAUUGUCAUCGGAGAUGUAGCUGUCAUCACUGUCAUCGUGGUCUUGAUUAGACGUCAUCGUGACAGGUCGACGCAGAGACCAGACAAGGAUAUCAUAGAUGGCGACGAUGGGCACUACGAGAUGUCUACAGAACCGCCCAGAAAUCGACAUAUACCUCUUGCUGGCCCUUCGGUUAACAAGAACAACCAACCAGAUGUUCAAAUGAACGUGAUUACCACGCCUGUUGUAUACGAAAGCAUAAGAGAAGAUACAAUGGCGGACGUUUCCACUCUACCAAAAGAAGCGCCGUAUGGCAAUGUAGGACCCGAAUUGUCAUUCUCGCGAGAUCUCAUAGUGUUCGAGAACGAGAUUGGGCGAGGUGCGUUCGGGAGAGUGCUUCUCGGUACAGCGCAAGGGAUUAUGGGAGAUGGGAAUCGCACCAAGGUUGCCAUCAAAACACUGAAAAGUUAG